AAACAAAACAAAUGCAUGCAUUGCUGUUUAUGCCGUUUCUAAUGGCCGAUGGCCCUUUUUCACUGCCUUUAUUAUACCAAAAUAGAUCGGAAAUGUGUUAAAUUUAACAACUAAUUCCUGCUUAAUAAAGUUGUUAAUGAAUUUAACAUAACUUUCGCCUAAAUGUGUACAGAAACAGUGUGAGAAACGACAGUGCACCACGGUGAAUUCAAGUAAAUAACAUUGUCUCAUCUUUCAACAUGAGUGCAAGCGGCGAGGGUACAGAAAACCUCAAUAAAGAGGGAGAAACUCCAACCGCUACUGUUUCCGAAGGUAAAAGUACUACAAAAGACGAUAUUAACGGCAGCAGUUUAAAAGAUGUCGUUCCAAACCCACUUGUAGCACCUGCUUCCAAAGCCGAUAGUUUGGAAGACCCCGCUGAAAUAGAAGCUCUUAUUGAGAAAAAACUUCCUACGGACAAAGAGAAAGGCUUAGAUGUUGACAGUGAAUUAGAUUUUGAACUGAAAUGGGAUGAUGACACAGACCUUAAUGAAAAUCAGGAUAUUGCUGAUAUAGACCUUGAUAAUGCAGGCAAAGAACUAGAAGCCCAUGGAACAUCAAUAGAAAAGGAUAAAGAUAAAGAAGCUGACAGUGCUUUUACGAUUACAGAGCAGAAUCUUGACACUUUGGGGAAAGAGACGGGAAGUACUUCUACAUCUAUAGAGAAAGAUCUUGAUAGUCUGGACAGAGAUACAGAUAGUGCAUCUAUAUCUAUAGAAAAAGAUGUUGAUAAAGAAACCGAAGGCAUUCUAAGCUCUAUUGAUGAACAUCUUGAUACUGCCGCCAAAGAAGUAGAACAUAUGGUAAUAUCGGGAGAAAAGAGUGAUGAUAAUAUUGACAGUGUAUCCGAUGAAAGACCUGACACAAACACUGUUCCUAAUACUGAUUCAGAUGUGAAUGUUAAAGCUAUGGAUGUUGGUGAAGAAUCUCAAAAAGGAAUAGACAAUGAAACCAUGAUUAUACCCACAAGCUCAAAAGAAGACCUUUUAAAUGAAGUUGUAACUGUUGCUGAAGAUAAAACUUUUAAUACAGACACUAAUGUUAAAAUAGACAUUGAAACCAAAACAUCCCCUGUUGAAUCUGAGGCUAAUUCCUUGGAUGAAGAACUUGUCUAUUCUGAUGCAGAAGGUGAUGUUGAUGAUAAAGAUUUAUUGGAUGAAAUUGAUGCAACUGACAUUAGUAAUGAUAAAUUAGAACAUAUUGAAACACCCAUCCCAUCUGAUGUUUUGACCAGUCAGGAAGAUGAAAUUGAUGCAACUGAAAAUAGUAACAACAAAUUAGAAAAUACUGAAACACCCAUCCCAUCUGAUCUUUUGACCGGUCAGAAAGAUGAAAUUGAUGCAACUGAAAAUAGUAAUGACAAAUUAGAAAAUACUGAAACACCCAUGACAUCUAAUCUUUUGACCAGUCAGAAAGAUGAAAUUGAUGCAACUGACAAUAGUAAUGAUAAAUUAGAACAUACUGAAACACCCAUGUCAUCUGAUCAUUUGACCAGUCAGAAAAAUGAUAAAGAAUCUGCUAAAAAAGAUGAAAAUGAAAUGGAAGUUGAUGCUGACUUGACAAUUACACAAAUGACACAAAAAUCUGAUCUAAAUGACACAAUUUCAUCAGGCACUGACAUGAAUACAUCAUCAUAUGAUAUUAAUAAAGACCAUGGUUUAGACAGACCUGAUGUUAUGAUUGAUAUUCCUACGCAAGAAUUGAUUGAUACAUUUGAUGAUGCUGAUGAAACAUUUGAUAAUACUGAGGGCAAAGAUGACCAAACUGUCAGUAAUAUUAUUGAUAAACUUGAUAUUGAAACUACAGUGGAAAAUACUGAGAAUUUGACAGAACCUAAACCGAUUGAAGAUUUAAUCAUCCCAGAAGAGAAAAUCCCUGAUAAAACUAAUGUUGAUAAGUUAUUGACAGAUGAAAAACAAACCUCAAAUAAUAAAUUAGCAGAAGAUACUGCUGACACAGAAAGUAUGGAUAUUGAUACCAAUAAUACUGAAGAAGAAACAGAAAAACUAGAACUACAAACUACUGGUCUAGAAACAAACAAACCUGAUGAAGAAAAUGUUACUCAUGCUGAUAUUUUAUUAGAAGCAAAUUCAGAACAACUAAAAGUACAGCAAGAUGCAGCUAUGAAUGACAAACGAAAAUCAAAUGAAGACGACAAAGAAUCUUCUGAUAAUUUAGAAAAAAAUAUUGUAGAAACAGUAACUAAAGAUGUUGAUGAAGCACAACCAUCAACUUCUAAGUAUCAUCAAGAUUCAUCAGAUGAGGACCAGGAAGCGACUGACAGUCUUGGGCUGCUGGCGGAGUCAUCAAGGGUUAUGGAUGAUGAAGAUGAACAGGAGCAAGAGCCAGAACCUGAGGAUGAUGAUGAUGAUGAAGACUUUGAUCAGGAUGAUGAAAGCAAUCAAAUGACCGCCGAGCAUUCAGAAGACUCGAACGCUCAACACUCUGAAGCAGACGUCCCGAAAGAAACUAUGGAAGUUGACGAAUCAAAUGACGCCCAAGCAGAAGAGUCAAAUGACAUGGCUGAAGUGGAUACCCCUGAUGACUUGCCAGAUGCCGCGGAGACUCCUGAUGAACAUGAUGAUGAGUCGAGUGAUGAGCUGGAUAUCCAGAUAGCACAGGUUCUGAGUCAGAAUGAGGUGGAAGAGGCUAUUGUGGCCCCAGAAUCCUUGGAAGCGACUGAUGAGGCACAGAAAGCAGUAGAUGCCCUUCUUGAUGAUGAAAAGGAUAAAGAAAGUGCAGAAGUACCACAAGUACUUACUAUUACUGCUGAAAAGGAAACUGUUGAGCCAGCAGAAUCUGACAGUGAAAGCGCAGCGGGCAGUAAGUUGAGGCAGCUCCUACUCAGGGAUGGUGAAUCUUCUGCAGCACCGUCAGAAGAGAAGAAGUCGCCAAGCAAGACUAAGAAGUUAGAAAUAGCGAAGCCCAAGAACGAGAUCAACAUAGUUGAGCUGGAAGAAAGCUCCUCUGAAGACGACAUUCAAGUUGUGAAACAAGCGGAGAAGCCAGCUUCACCGAAGGAUGUGACAUCGGUGACCAUUCCAUCUGAAGUGGAAGUUAUGGCCACAUCUGCCGGUGAGACCUCAGACAUCCAGGAGAAAGAUGGGGAGGUGCGAGUGAGCGGGUUGCCUAAACCGCAGCCGCAGAAACCGACGAGGUUGAAUACCGACGAAAUCUCUAUAAAAACGGCUUCAGCGACUGAACCUUUAGUCAUACCAGAAACUACGGCGGCUCCCAAAGCUGCAGAUUCGAAGGCUUCCAUUGAUUUUGGCCUGGAGAUAUUCAGCCUGGACUCGGACGAUGAAGAGACGGAAGUCAGGAGUAAGCGCAAAAGCAAGCUAACCGCCGUGGAGCUAGACAAAGCCCGUCAAACCAAUAAAUGCAUCAACAUCAAUUGUACGAGCGACGGUUCCGUACCCCUAGUACCGGCUUCUAUAUCAGCUUCUAUAUAUUACGCGGCGAACCAGCAACGUGGUGGAGGCCUAUGUCUAUACUGUGCGAAGCGUUUUGAAGAGAGGAGUGAGAAAUUAGUGGAAGGCGUGAAGGAGCUAACCCCCUUCCUCUCAAUGGACAUGUGCCUGAUCCGCGAGGAGUUCGUCGAGAUAUCCGACUCGGAUUCUGACGAUGAGCCAGAUAUCGUGAAAAAUGAUAGUGAGAUUAUUGGAGAAAAAGGCGCCAAGUUUUUGGAAGAACAAUUAGCGGAUAUGUUCAACGAGACGUGGAAGAAAUUCAACAUGGAGGAGCGUUUGUUGAGCGCGCAGACGGAGAUCAAUAUUGAAGUUAGCCAGUUGGAAGAGGAAUGCAAGGAGAUAGACGCCAUGCUCAACGAGUGCCAAAGGGAAACUGACAAGCUAAGAAACGAUUUAUACGCCAAGUUCGCCGACGAUCGUACAGAAUUGCCGCCCAUUGCGAUCAUUGAUACUCCAACUAAUCAGUGGUCCGGGCUAGAAGAUGGCAUUACGUCUCCACCGCCAGUUCCAGAAACAAGAGAGAGAUCCAAACGACGUUCGGCGGCAGCGACCGAGCCGCCAGCGAAGCGCGCCGCCAUCCCUCUCGGCUACGCGCCGCUAGAUGGCGGUAGCACCAGCAAACCUGUGGAAACAAAACCGGCUCCGUCUGCAGAUUUGACAGCUCAAAAUGACGAUGACAACGCGGACAUAUCGGUAGUGAAGCUGUCCGUUGAAGCCGCUCCGGCGGGGCUGCCGCCGCCGGGCGUGGCGGCGCGCGCGCCGCUGCGGCCCGGCAUGCUCGUGCACGCCAUGAGGAACUCCUUCGGCGCCUGGCACAAGGUCCGCAUACAGGAGGUGCAGCCCAAAACGCCCGGUCAAUUCACCAUGUGCCGCGUGCGAUUCGAGCAACCAAAGACAAUGACGAAAUUACUACCGGCACGCUGCCUCGCUUAUGAACAACCGCCGGAAGUGCGUCUCACUAUUGGUACCCGAGUAGUCGCGCUGUUCAAAGACCAUCGCGUCAGCGUGGAGAAGAAAGAAGAAGGAGAAAAGAAGGAGGCGUACUACUCCGGCAUCGUGGCCGAGAUACCCAACCCGGUCAACAAUUUCAGAUACCUGAUAUUCUUCGACGACGGCUACGCGCAGUACGUGCAGCACGCCAACACGCGCCUCGUGUGUGAGUGCGCCCCGCGCGUGUGGGACGAAGUUCACCCCUUCAGCCGGAACUUCGUCCGGGAUUACCUGCGGGCGUACCCGGAGCGGCCCAUGGUGCGGUUACACGCCGGGCAGAGCAUCAAGACCGAGUGGGACGGCAAAUGGUGGGUCUCAAAAGUCCUCCAAGUGGACGCUUCCCUCGUCCUAGUGUACUUCGAAGGCAAGAAGGACAACAAGACAGAGUGGAUAUACCGCGGCUCCACUCGUCUAGCACCAUUGUAUCUGGAGUUACAAGCAGCUGAGAGGACGAGGGCUCGGCCUUUACCAAGAGCACAGGCUGCUAGAAGGUACAACAUGCCGUACGUGGAAUAUACGCGCUCGGACGAGGACAAGACCGCGGCGACGCCGGCCGCCACCCCGCAACAGACACCGUCGCAGAUACAGGCGCAGAUGGAGCAGGAAAUUCGUCGUCAACGCGCCGUGGCUAAAAAGUCCACCGCCCUUCCCCCCGCCCCCGCCGCGCCCGCACUCCCCACCCCCGUCGCCAGAGAUAACGUCACCAGUCGCGUCGUCUUCUACACGCCCAAGAACGCAAUUAAACCUCACAAGAUGGUGCCGCACACUUGCGGGCCGAGAUGCAGACGGACCGACGUGCUGGCCCUGAAAGAUUUGAGGACAUACAACCCGCUUACCAAACCAUUACUCAGCGGCUGGGAGAGACAAACUGUGAGAUACCGCAUACCAGCGACCAAAGCGGUCAUGUACCGAGCUCCGUGCGGCCGUCGUAUAAGAAACUAUGACGAACUACACAGAUACCUACAAGCCAUAGACAGCGACAUGGGAGUGGACUUAUUCGACUUCAACCCGACUACACACUGUUUGGCUGAGUUCCUGCUGAAUAAGUGUCUUAUUAGCAAAAAGGAUCUCUCCCAUGGUAAAGAGAACGUCCCAGUCCCCUGCGUGAACUACUAUGACUCGUCACUACCAGAGUUCUGCUCCUACAACACAGAACGCACUCCCACAGCCGGGGUGCCGCUCAACCUGGACCCAGAGUUCCUGUGUGGAUGUGACUGUACCGAUGAUUGUGCUGACAAGAGCAAAUGCGCUUGCUGGAAAAUGACGCUAGAGGGCGCUCGCACCAUUGGCUUGGACACGAACGAAGUCGGCUACGUAUACAAGCGGCUACCCGAGCCUCUGCCGUCCGGAAUCUACGAGUGUAAUAGUAGGUGUAAAUGCAAACAGACUUGCUUGAACAGGGUGGCACAGCAUCCUUUGCAGCUAAAAUUACAGGUGUUCAAAACUGCGAACCGCGGGUGGGGCAUCCGUGCGCUCAACGACGUUCCAAAAGGCGCAUUUUUAUGCGUGUACGCCGGCAACCUGCUCACCGACGCUACAGCCAACUUGGACGGUUUGAACGAGGGUGACGAGUAUCUAGCAGAGUUGGACUACAUAGAGGUGGUCGAGCAAAUGAAGGAGGGCUUCGAAGAAGAUAUACCUGAGGACGCCAAGAAAGCGGACGAGCUGGCCCGAGGCUACCUCUUACAGGAGGAAAAUGAGUCUUCAUCAAUGUCAUCAUCGUCUGAGGAGGAACAGGAGAAGCAAAAUGGCGACGACGACUUCCGGCCAGCCAUGCCGGCGGGACGGUACACUCCAUCUGAGUACAGCAAACGCCUCCGUAAGCGUGAGAAAUCCAAGAAAGAGAAGGAAGAAAGAGAAAAGAAACAGAAAGACAAGGACGGCAACGAAGACUGCAUCACCAUUAGCGACGACGAAGAACUGAGAGAGCCGGCCCACUUCUCCGCGCAGGCGGGCAUGGGGGGCAAGGAAUUCAUCUCUAAAUAUAAAUCUGUGCGCACUCUAUUCGGCAAAGACGAGGCGUGCUACAUCAUGGACGCCAAGGUUCAGGGCAACAUCGGCAGAUAUCUCAAUCACUCGUGCACUCCAAACGUGUUCGUUCAGAACGUGUUCGUGGACACCCACGACCCGCGCUUCCCCUGGGUCGCGUUCUUCGCUCUAUCUCAGAUAAGGGCGGGCACUGAGCUCACGUGGAACUAUAACUACGACGUGGGUUCCGUGCCAGGGAAGGUCUUGUAUUGUUAUUGUAACGCGCCUAACUGUAGGGGGCGGCUGUUGUAA